UUGUGCACUUGUCGCAGCCUCAUGUUCAAGAGGAUCUGAGCCUUGCACCCGCCCGCCCCUCUCUCAUUGGCCUUCUUUUUCCCUCGGAUAGAGCCGAGUUUAGCUCCCGCUCAGAAAGUCGCGAACUUCAUCAAAUAAUUUUGCCUUGUCAACCUCAACACCCAGAGGAACAACCAUGGCAACCGCGACCCCUCAAUCCUCUUUGUCUUUCCCUCGAGAAACCUUCGCUAAACUCUCUCCUCACCCCUACCUCCUUGCGAACCUACAGCCUUCGGCGAAGAAUGUAUCAAGUACACGCGCAAACGGUCGAACACCAAAUCAGUUCCGCACACCACACAUCAACAAUGGCUCUCUCACACACGCAGAAGGCAGCGCCGUUGUUCGAGUCGGAGACACCACUGUUGUAUGCGGUAUCCGCGGCGAACUGCUCUUAGCAAGCAAUGUUCCAAAUUACCGUUCCGACAAAGCUACCACGGCGCCCUCUGCAAGACCAGGCUACAACGAAGCUAAAGAACUAGAUUUAUUGGUCCCAAACAUUGAGUUAGCGACGGGAUGUAAUCCUUCCUACAUGCCAGGCCAACCUCCAAGUGUUCUGGCACAAAGUCUGAGUACGAGGAUUUAUUCGCUACUGCAUACGAGUCGCAUGGUUGAGAGUGAGGAUUUGAGGAUUUGGUAUCAACCUCCUGAUUUGAGUGAAGGAGAUAAGAUGGAUGAUGAUGAUGAAGAGUCAGAAGAGAUGGAACCCGAGAUAAAGGCCUGGUGGACGCUGUAUAUUGAUAUACUGUUCAUUUCAUUGGAUGGUAAUCCAUUUGAUGCAGCUUGGGCGGCAGUCGUGUCGGCGCUGCGUGAUGUGAAGCUACCGAAGGCGACCUGGGAUCCGGAACGAGAGGUGAUUGUUUGUGAGGACGAAGUGGAGAAGGCGAGGAAAUUGACGUUGAAGGGAUGUCCGGUUGCAGUCACAGCGUUGGUGUUCAGAAAGGAUCAGUUGAAGGGAAGAGAGGGGAAGAGUUGGAUACUGAUUGAUCCGGAUACCUUCGAGGAGGGGCUCUGCGAUGAGACGGUCACAGUGACUGUUGAUUGUACUUGGCGCAAGACAAAGCUGUUGGGAAUCUCGAAAUCUGGAGGCACGAUCGUCGGGAUGGAGGAGAUCAAGGAGAUUGUCAGUUCGGCUGAGGAGAGGUGGUAUGAACUUAGUAAGCUACUAGGAGGUUGAAGGAAGAUGUAUGGCUGUACGAUAUUUUGUCUGCAUACAGGAAACUGCCCGUGGCUGAUGUGGGAGAGCACGGGAAUGUGAGGCUGUGAAGCCUACAAGUCGAGUCAAGGAGAGCGAAACACUAGAAGAAUUCAGAAAACCGAAACUUAUAUUAUUCGUUUGUCCAGCUUGACUAUCGCUCUUACUAGGGAGAAGGCUUCUCCCAG